CAUUUUGACAUUAACCUGUUCCCCCCUUCUUCUCCUUCUUCCUUAAUCCUUCAUUCUCCUCAAGAAGCCACACUUCUAUUUCUCUCUCUUCUCCUUAUUCUCUUCCUCCAUUGAUGAUGAGUCUCCACUAGUUUUCCUUUUCCUUUCAAACAACAGUAAUACUUAACUUACUUUAUUAUCCUAGUCCUACAUGCCUAUGCUAGUACUAGUGUCUGUAACUUUUAUCAAGUUUUUUGAAUUUUCCUGCAAAAAGUCUUAGAAAUGAAAUUCUAAUCACAGGCACUGCUUAAAGUCUCAAACUUUGCAACUUUUAGAAGAUACCCACAAAAAAAAUUUGCAGUCAUCACUUGCCUAAAGUAGAGAGGGCUUUUGUUUGGCUUUGGUUUCAACCAUUUCUGCUUUUUGCUUCAAAGUCAUAGAUGAUAGCCAGCUCCUUCUGCAAUGCUGAUUCUAUGUUUUCAUGAUGACCCUUGGCCUGAUCGAAGGAGCUUGUGUGGUUUGAAUGCAAUGCAUGGCUGAGAGAAGAGGGGAUAGAUGUUAGAAAGAUGAUGGGACAUAAAAGGAGCCCAUGCUCUGUUGAUCAAAGCAAUUAUACUUCUAUUGCAUCUAAAAGGCAAAAGGCUGAUUUAUCCAUCACUACUAAGGAGAGAAAGGAAAAGCUUGGCGAACGAAUUGUUGCGCUUCAGCAGCUUGUUUCACCAUAUGGGAAGACAGAUACAUCUUCUGUUCUAAAGGAGGCAAUGGAAUACAUAGGGUUCCUUCAUAAACAAGUUAAGCUGCUUAGUGCUCCUUACCUCGAAACUUCACCAACGAACAAGAUGCAGGGUACAGAGCCAUGCAGCCUGAGGAGUAGAGGGUUAUGUCUUGUUCCUGUCUCAUUUACUAUUGGAGUUGCUGAGAGCAAUGGUGCAGAUAUCUGGGCUCCCAUCAAGACUACUUCACCUAAACUUGAGAAUGAUGUGUCGCAAUUUCAUUGACAAAUUUUGUCAGCUAAGCAGUCUAAAAGGUUGCCAAGUUGCUGAACCAGGCUUGUAGCUUGAAAAUGUAUUAUCAUACAUCUAGAUGGAAUCAUAAUAGCUAAAAUAGUUAAAGCGUUAAAAAAACUCUUAUCAAGAAGCUGGCCCACGCCUUUAAGAUUUUAAACUGGUGAUGGGGUUAAGCUUUCAAGUAUGCCAUAUGUAUCCUUAAUUCCCUGUGCUGAUUAUAAAGUGUAUAUUUAAACAUUGCUAGUUGUAUAAUGAUUCCGUGUACUGAUUAGCUUAAUGAAAGUUGUUUCUAGA